GGGGAUUUUGGAAGAAAAUUUGGAAUUCUGAGAAAAGAAGAACCGAGGAAAAGGAGUACGUACACCUGCGCCGGCGGACUGAUGGAGAUGAAGGAACCGAGAAGAUUGUUCAGUUGCGGUCUGCAGUGGAUGGAUUGGUUCAGCCACCGGUGCAUUAAAAAAAAGGCGAUCUGAGGCCGGGCGAUGCUGAGGUGCGGCUAAGCCCGGCGGCGGCGGCGGCUGCGGACGACUCCAGAGACCCGGAGCAGAGCGGCGCGAGUGGGGGGCACCGAAAGGGGUCCACCGGAUGUCGACGGUGCAAAGAGGGGCCGGCAGCAGCACGUCGCUCUCCAUGUGCCGGAGGAGACUACGAGACCUCCGAGAUCGCCUCUCAUACCCGUGGUAGGGAUGAGCGUCGGCAAGGUGAACCGCUACAGCAUCGUGUCCUCGGAGGAAGACGGCCUGAGGCUCACCACCAUGCCCGGAGUGAACGGCUUCGGCAACGGGAAAAUCCACACGCGGCGCAAGUGCAGGAAUCGCUUCGUGAAGAAAAAUGGCCAGUGUAACGUGGAGUUUACCAAUAUGGACGACAAGUCUCAGCGCUACAUGGCGGACAUCUUCACGACCUGCGUGGACAUUCGCUGGCGCUACAUGCUCCUGAUCUUCUCGCUCGCCUUCCUCGUGUCGUGGCUGGCCUUUGGACUCGCCUUCUGGCUCAUCGCUCUGCUCCACGGCGACCUGGACAACCCGACGGGCGACGACAACUUCAAACCCUGCGUCCUGCAAGUCAACGGCUUCGUCGCCGCGUUCCUUUUCUCCAUCGAGACGCAGACCACCAUCGGCUACGGGUUCCGCUGUGUCACAGAGGAGUGCCCCAUCGCCGUUUUCAUGGUGGUCUUCCAGUCCAUUGUCGGCUGUGUCAUCGACUCUUUCAUGAUCGGCGCCAUCAUGGCAAAGAUGGCGCGGCCCAAAAAGAGAGCCCAGACGCUGCUGUUCAGCCACAACGCCGUCAUCGCCAUGCGGGACGGCAAACUCUGCCUCAUGUGGCGGGUGGGCAACCUGCGGAGGAGCCACAUCGUGGAGGCUCACGUCAGGGCGCAGCUCAUAAAGCCGCGGAUCACUGAGGAGGGCGAGUACAUACCCCUCGACCAAAUCGACAUCAACGUGGGCUUCGACAAGGGCCUCGAUCGCAUCUUCCUGGUCUCGCCCAUCACCAUCCUGCACGAAAUCGACGAAGAGAGCCCGCUGUACGGCAUCAGCAAGCAGGACCUGGAGGCGGCCGACUUCGAGAUCGUGGUCAUCCUGGAGGGGAUGGUGGAGGCGACGGCCAUGACCACCCAGGCCCGCAGCUCCUACUUGUCCACCGAGAUCCUGUGGGGCCAGCGCUUCGAGCCGGUGCUCUUCGAGGAGAAGAACCAGUUCAAGGUGGACUACUCGCACUUCCACAAAACCUACGAGGUGCCGUCGACGCCGCGCUGCAGUGCCAAGGACAUGGUGGAGAACAAGUUCUUGGUGCCCAGCGCCAACUCCUUCUGUUACGAGAACGAGCUGGCGUUCAUGAGCAGGGACGAGGAGGACGAGGAGGAGGAGGACGAGGACAGCAGGGUCCUGGGGGACCUGAGCCCGGACAGCCGGCAUGAAUUCGAUCGGCUACAGGCGACCAUAGCGCUGGACCAGAGGUCCUACAGGAGGGAAUCGGAGAUUUGAUGGCCGGGGGUGGCUUUCGACAAGAACAUCAGUGCAAGUGCCAUAGGGGGAAAAAACACGUGACGGGGCAAGGAGACACGGGUGCCACCUGCGGGCAGAAGGAGACUCGAGUCGGCAUCCUCGCCCUCCUUCGAGAAAACUUGAAUUUCUUUUUGUAAGAAGCUUUAAGUGCAGCAAUGCAGAGAGACAAGGCACAAGGAGGGCGCCCGCCUAAAUACCCGCCUGCCUGCCCGCUUCGCUUCGGCCUGUACAGACAGCCAGCCUGCCGCGGCCCCUCCUCUUCCUCCUCCUCCUCCUUUGGUGACUUUUUGGUCGUUUCUGGUAUCGCUGUCUCGGCUCCCAGGGUGCACCGCAAUCCAAGCA